GUCGAAGCGUCGGAGAGCUACCAGCGCCGAGCGUCACUUGCGCUCUUGCCCGCCACAGUCCCAGACGCGGACACAUAACCGCCCGGAAACCACUCAGUAGCUGGAAGGUGUUGGGUCAGCUCCCAAGUCGACAAUAGAGCCGCAAUGUUCCGCAAGAAGACGGCCGGUCCGGUAGUCGACGAGAAGGGGGCCCCCGCCAACGCCAUCUCCCCUGCUGCACCCGUAGAUGCCCCGCGCGUACGACGAGCCUUCUGUUUGGGUGAUUUUGAUCUCCUGGCAACUUUGGGUACGGGCACUUUUGGCCGCGUACGCCUAGUGCAACUGAAAGGCGUGGGGUCUUUCCACGCACUGAAGAUCCUCAAGAAGAGCGAGAUCUUGCGGCUGCAACAGCUGCACCACAUCAAGUGCGAAGUGGAGAUCUUGAGCAGAAUUCAACACCCGUUUAUCGUCAACUACCUGGGUCAUUUCCAGGACGAACGAAGAUUGUAUCUUGUUCUCGAAUAUGUGCAAGGUGGCGAGCUCUUUUCCUAUUUGCGACGCCAAGGCCGUUUCCCCGACCAUGUGGCCUGCUACUACGCAGCGCAAUUGGUCACAGCACUGGCUUGUCUCCAUGCGCAACACAUUAUCUACAGAGACUUAAAGCCCGAGAACCUCCUUAUCACAUCCGAAGGAUACCUCAAGAUCACCGACUUUGGCUUUGCCAAGAUCGUUGAGGACAAGACGUGGACACUAUGCGGUACACCCGAGUACCUCGCUCCGGAGAUUAUUCAGAGUAAAGGUCACGGCAAGUCGGUGGAUUGGUGGGCGCUCGGCGUGCUUAUCUACGAGAUGCUGGCCGGGUAUCCGCCCUUCUACGACGAGAACCCGUUCGGUAUUUAUCAAAAGAUCCUGGACGGCAAGGUGGACUUCCCCAAGCACAUAGACUCCAAGGCCAAGGACCUCAUUAAGAAGCUCUUAUCGCAAGACCGUACCAAGCGACUCGGCUGCUUACGAGGCGGAUCGGAAGACGUGAAGAAACAUAAAUAUUUCGGCAAAGUGGACUGGAAUUCGGUGCUCGCACGCUCCGAGACGCCGCCAUAUCUACCGCCAGUGGGAGGACCCGGCGACCAUACGCAUUUCGACGAGUACCCGGACUCGCCCGUUGACGACGCUGUCAUUCUGUAUGGAGAAGAUCGAGCUGCCUUCGAAGUGUUCGACCAAUUUUAA